GUGCAUAGGCGUUACUACAGACAAGUCGUCACCGGCAAGUAUAGAUCGCCCAAGCAUUACCAUAUCGGAAAUAAACGGAAUAGUUUUGAAGUCGGAAUACGACUGAUUAUUGUGAUUUUGUAAAAUCCCCGCCUCCCCCGUCUUAAAAUUUAUCAGAAGUGGGACCAGCGAUCUGGAGCAUUUUUCGGAAUCUUGACGAGAGAAAAAGGAUCGGGACGGGCGAUCGAAGCGAGGAUCGUGGGGCGAGGAGCGAGAGGAGCGCAAUUGUGACGCGGCACUCAGGAAUUUAGCUGCGAAAGACGGUUGAGACAGGCUGUUUACGAGAAUAUUUUCGUACUUUCGAGAACAUUUGGAAGUGAUGCAGAUUGAUUUUUGGAACAUUUGGUGAUUAAUUGCAUCAGGGAAUUGGUGAAUCGAAAUUUUGUUAGUGGCCUGUAGACCGGAGUAUUGCAGAAUUGGAGCACCUCAUGAGUUCUUUAAAGGAGUGCACGACUGUUCAACUGAAGGAAAUCCUGAGGAAAUUCGGAUUGUCGGCUACCGGAAACAAAGCGGAGCUCGUCGCUAGAGUGUUGCAUGCGGACCCGGAGGAAAAGAGAUGGCGAGAUGCGAUGGGAGGCGCGCAGACGGAGGAGGCUGGAGCAUCGCUGACGUUGGAUAAUUCGUUGGAUGACACCGACAGGUUGGAGCAAGCGGGUAAUGCUAAUAUGCGGCAACACGAGGCAUUUAAGCAAAUCUCGUUGCGAUUGGAGCGGAAAGACUAUCAUAACCGUUACGCGGAGAGAUUUGGAUUCGACAGGAGGAAAGCGCGGAAAGAAAACCAAAAUAUUGUCGGUCGUGAUCUUCGUUGCUACAAUUGUGGCAUGGUGGGCCAUACAUCGAGGGACUGUAAGCAGCGCAGGCGAGAGUGGGGAUCCUGUUUUGAAUGAGGUGAAAUGGGACACAGAGUGAAGGACUGCCCGAAGAAAGAAAGUAGGAAGGAGGAAGAAGUACACAACAUCGACAGGUUAGCUGACGAAGACGAAUUCCGAAAGAAUGUUACUUUGCGUUAUUCGGGCGAUGAUUCGGUUGCUUAUGUCGUGUCCUUGAACGCUUUGUUGGAUACAGGGAGUCCAAUAAGUCUGGUUAAGAAUAGUUUCAUAGCAAAUCCUUCACGGAAAGACGUGCAAUAUUACACUGAUAAAUUUAGCGGAAUAAAUAAUUCAAAAUUAGUUGUAUUGGGUACAGUAGAAGCUAGCGUCACCUUAGAUAAUAUUACAAAGAACAAUAUUGUUCUGAUCGUCGUGCCCGACAAUACCAUGGCGUCAGACAUUGUGUUAGGACGCAAUGCGUUGAGAAAAUUUAACUUAGCUCUUGCGGAUAAAGGAGUGACGGAGGAAAACGAAGCUAUUAGCGCGAUUAUGAAUAUUGAUACUAGCUCACAGGAACAGAACAUUACGGAGUCCUUGGAAGUUGACGAAACGGUGUCGGUAAAAAAUAAACUAAUAUUGAGCGAACUAUUUACAAAUCAUUAUGUCAAUCCGGUGCGACCUGAGUCGCCAGAAGUUAUGGCGGAGUUAAAGUUGAAUGUUAAAGAUUCGUAGCCUUUUUAUUUCCAGCCUAGGCGAUUGUCUUUUGCGGAGAAAGAAAAAUUGCGGUUAAUUUUGAACGAAUUAGAGGCGGGAAAAAUUAUACGACCCAGUUACUCGGAAUAUGCGUCUCCAAUAGUUUUAGUAAA